CCAUUUGAACAGUCAUCCAUAUUCUAAUCGGUCAUGAUUUCUUGAUUACGCUCUGUACAUAACCGCAGUUGUUUAGUCUGUUUAUGCUGGUGGGAAUCCCAUGUUCAAAUAUAUAUGAUAUUUAUUUGGAUCAAACAACUUAUCGACAACAUGAUAUUGUUUUUCUCCGCCAUUUUGUUAGUGCUUGCAGGUCUUGCAUGCUGCCAGGAUUGUAAUUUUGACGCUAAUCGUACAUCGAAUCAACGGUGCGGAUGGUCCAACGACUACGAAGACGACUUUGAUUGGUCUGUCAGGCGAUUGCCGACCCCGACCCCGUUCACGGGACCGUCAGGAGACCAUACAACAGGCAGUGGCAACUUCCUCUACACCGAAGCAAACGGGAGGGACCAUGGGGAGAAAGCGAGAAUCUACAGUCCCUUCGACUCCCAGCCCAACGAGGCCGGCACGGACAUGACGAUGAUCUCGUUCUGGUACAGCAUGUGGGACGGCUUCGACGGGGGUUCUCCAUUUCCCAAGACAAACAUGGGCACGCUCAACGUCUACAUCGCCUACGACGGCGAGAAAGUCCCGGCUCACCCGCCCGUCUGGUCACGCGCGGGAUCGCAGACGGAUAGAUCCGGAUGGAAAGAGGCAAAGAUCAUGUUUACGGCCCCUAGUCCGUUUCGGAUUAUAUUCGAAGGUGUCAUAGGUGAAGGAGAAAGAUCUGACAUCGGUAUUGACGACGUAAUGGUCAGACAACCCAAAAUGCCCAACAGCUGUGACUUUGAGAGCAGUGAGAUGGGUGAUCUUUGUUUCUUUUACCAAGAGGACCUCGAAGACGACUUCGACUGGACGAGACAUUCUGGUGAGACGCCCUCUCUUGACACUGGACCACUUACUGAUCACACCCUCAUGAACGAUACAGGGCACUAUAUGUACAUCGAAACGACACGCCAAAACAUACCGGCUACUGCUAUCUUGAAAUCCGUCGAAUUUUUCAAGGAAAGAACAUAUUGUUACUUCGACUUCUACUACCACGCUUUUGGGGACCAUGUUGGUGAGCUUCGAUUAAAUAUCAAAAUUAUCACUAGUGAAACGGGAUCGGUUGAAUUUCGUCACCGGAUUGUAGAACCUGGCCAAAGCAAUGAUACGUGGAUCCACUACAGCAGUUUGAUAACCGAUUACAUGGGAUAUUACACCCUUAAAUUUACUGGAUCACGGGGCGAUGGACAUUUGGGUGAUAUCGCAAUUGACGACAUUUCCCUAGGUGAAGGUUGUUUUGCUACCGACGUAUGCGGAAGCAAUCCUUGUCUCAAUGGAGGUUAUUGUGGUCACAAUUCGAACUCUCAAUAUUACUGCGAGUGCGAAAUCGGCUGGACAGGUCAAAAUUGCGAAACAGCUUUUUAUAUCUGCGACCAUGAACCCUGCCGAGAGGGAUACAUUUGCCACGAGAAGGAAAACUAUGAUUACACCUGCUUGUGCCCCGAGGGCUACCAGGGCUAUCAUUGCCAGGAAGAGAUUCCAACGAUUGAACCUCCCGAGCCGAUCGACAUCCGAAUCGAUGGCGUCGACCCCGAGAUGAUCCCCGUCAUUAUCGGUAGUUGCAUCGGGUCCUUCAUCCUGAUCGCCACCGCCGCCUGGUUCACGGCUACGUGCAUCAAGAACGACGGCUAUCGACGGAAAGCAGAGGCCGUCGAGGGCGUGAAGGACCUCGAUGUCGAGGAUGGAAAGUCGAACGCAUAUAUCAAUACCACAUACGACCCGGAUGACCCGGAUGACGAAGGCAAGAAUGAAGCGGGUCCAUCGACGUCGGAACAGAAGGAUGUCGAGGAAGCUGAAGAGUCACCAUCCGGAUCGGGAGAGACUACCGGGGAAAAGGACGUAAAAGCACCCGACUACGAAGACGUUACUGACAAGCCUUCUGGUUCAGAAGAUAAAGUGAAAGAUGAAGACGUGAAGGAGGACGUGAAUGAAGACGUGAAAGAGGAAGUGAAAGAUGAGAAUGAAUACGAGGAGGUCAAGGAAGUGGAAUCGAAACCGGAGCUGCAAAAGGAGGAAGACAUCCGCGAAGUUGAGAAGACGAUGCUGACUGGUCUGUCGACGAAAUACGAUGAUGAUACGGAUUCUCCACCACAAGAUUCAGAAGAAAACAAAGAAAAGGGGGUAGUUUCAUCAACGUCACUCUAAAAACCCAAACAUAUUUCUUUCUCAUAAUUAAUUUUGAUUGUUGAAAUAAUGUACGACCACUUUUAAGAAACCGAAAAGCAAAGACAAAUCAAUUGAUUACUUUUGUAAGCAGUUUAUUAUCUUUAUUUUCUUACAAAAUCUACACUACGGAACUAAAAAUGGUUGAUUCUACAAUUGCGUUGAUAAAGUGAUUAUAUUAUUUGGGUGAAAGUAUUUUUUUUUCAAUAAUAGUGUUGU